AGCUGCAUCCGUCUAAUUUGCGCGCUGGUAGACAUGCGCGAAGCAUGUCGGUCGGAAAAUUCAUUCCCCAAGAAAAGUAGUGAAAACCAAGCGAAGUCUUGUUAAUUCACGUGCAGAAGCCGUGUCGUUGAAGUCGUUUGAUUGAAGUAAAUUCUCGCGUUGCUGAAGAAGCUGUUUGGUGUUACAAAAAAGUGCUGCUGGAAAGGACUUUGAGGAAUAAUCGAGCAAAGUGUUAUUCAACGGUCGUGAAGAUGUGGUUAAGAUUGUUCAUUGGAUGUUGUGUGAUAGGAAGCUUACUAGCAGAGAAGAAUGUUACCCAAGAGCUGACUACCAAAGAAAAGCGCCAAACCGACCAUGAGACUCGAACUGCUCCCCAGGCCGCCAACCGACGGCAACAACAACAUCAACCAAGUGGCGGAUACUAUCAGGAUCCUGACGCUGCGGCGCACUACUAUGCCCAACAAGCUGGAGGUCAACUGCUGUUCAGACCCCAUCAGCUGAAGGCAGGUCAUGAACAAGUGCAGGAGCUUCCAGCGGAAUACAUCAGCUUGCUGCAGCAAUUAGCCGAUCACCAGAAUCAUGCAGCACCCGCCAAACAGCCGAAGCACCACUCCUACGAUGUGCAAAACGCCCAAACCGAGCAAUACUAUCAACAGCAACAACAGCACCAUUCGCAGCAACAACACCAACAACAGCAGCAGCAACAACAGCAAGCAGCCCAACUUCAUCAUCCAUCGGCGCAGCAUAAUCAAAUUCAAUACAUUACCGAGGAAGAGUACGCUCAAAUUCUGAAACAUGCCCAAGCUCAAAAUCACCAAGCUGCUGCCCAGUCUCACUACGCCCGACCAGCCGGAAAGCAAGAAUCGCCAAAAUACCGCCCGUCGGUUCAACUGUUGGAGACUGGUCAAGAACACGGACAAGCAUACGCACAGCAAGAGCCUGAGCAGCCAUACCGAAUCCAAUACAAAAGCAUUCAACCGACUGGAUCAGUCACUCCCGUAUCGAAGCCAAUUAGCGCCUUUUCAUUCGAAAAAGAACUCGCUAAAUUGGUGGAAUCGAAUCGUCCAAUUGCCUACCAUCCGGCAGGUCCACAUCGACCAAGCGAACGAGGACCACAUGAUGGCCCACGAUACGUGGUGAACCCUCAGUCGCACGAAUACGCUUACGCCCCAAUCCCAUCCAAUGAACACGCGCCGAAACAAUCGAUCAAAGCUCAGUAUAUUGCGCCUUUCGCCCAACUGCAUUCUGGACCAAAACUAAGCGCAGCACAUCUGCAAGUCGGACCCCAUAAGUUUGCUGAUAGUCCUGCUCCAAAGUAUCAGUUCAUCCAACAGGAAGCCCCAGUUAAGGGUCAUGCCCCCCAACAAUAUCUCACUGAAGUAUCUCCAAAGUACGCUCAGCAUGCUCCCGAAAAGCAACCCUCCGGAACUCCUUCUCCUAAAAUCCAGUACUAUGUUCCAAAAGAGAAGAAUCUCCAGAUCUAUUACCCCCAGCAGGUCACAGAGAAGCAACCUACAGAACAACACACUUCGCAACAUCCAAUGAAAAUAGUAGAUGCACCUCAGUUACAGCAUGAAAAGCCCCACAAGCAGGUUCAGACUAAUCGUCCAAAAGCUCAAUAUACCGCCAGAGAUAAACAAGCUGAACAGAGUCAACAAGCGGUUCAGAAAUCCAAGGAUUCAGAGGUACCAUCCAGAUCGGCCAUAUACGUAUCCCAACAAACGGGAGUAUCUCCAUCGCCAGUCCCUGCUGAGCAGCCCAGCCAGGAAAGACAACCACAACCUCAACAUCACAAAAUACCGCCCAAAAUUGAUCGUCCUCUCACUCAGGAAGAAUUCCAAGCAUUGGUCGAUGCUGGCUACUCCGUGGUGCCAGUCCCAGUUCCGGUUCCUGUGCCUGCUUCCCAGUAUCAUGCGCAACAGCAGGCUGCAGCAGCCCGUGCAUCAGCUAAUGCUCCGUCGCCUUCUGCACGCCAUGGCCCAGUUCCUCAGGCCUCCCGAUACCAUCAACACCAAAUAGCGGCGGAAAACAAUCCCAGUCAAGUUAUCACCUAUCUGCGUCCGCUGCAUAUCGAUCCUUUCUCGGCAGGAGUCAGAGGACCCAAUAAGGCAGCACCUUGAGAGUGCACCAAAAAAAAAAACUGCCACUGUUUUAGCUAAGUUCGUUAGAUAAGUAUUAUAAAUAGUAUUCUAGUGUAAUUUAUCAACCGAUUCGCCUGAACACAAAGCAAAUAUGUAUCAAACCACGAAACAGUGGCACACAAGACGGAGAUUUUUUAUUUGUUUUAGCCGUGAUACUGUUGUUACGCAUAAUUUAUAAAGAUAUUUGUGUUAUGGCUUAAAAUUGCGCGAAAUAAAUGUUUUAUACAUAAA